ACGAAACCCAUCACGGCCGCGCACGGCGCACACCACCACCGUCAGUCCAUCUCCUCCCGUCCGCCUCCACCGCAAGGCCAGCAACCCCUCCUCUUCUUUAUAUAACACGCCGCCUCGCCGCCUCGCCAGAAAAUUCUCCACACGCGCCUAGCCAUCUCUUCUCUCUCUCUCUCUCUCUCUCUCUCUCUCUCUCUCUCUCCGCCUCUGUCCGUGCGCGCGCUGUUGUUUGGGGGAGGGGCAAGGGCAAUGGCGGGCGGGCGCGAGCUGGUGGUGAGUUUCGGGGAGAUGCUGAUAGACUUCGUGCCCACGGUGGCGGGGGUGUCGCUGGCGGAGGCGCCCGCGUUCCUCAAGGCGCCGGGGGGCGCCCCGGCCAACGUCGCCAUCGCGGUCUCGCGCCUUGGCGGCGGGGCCGCCUUCGUGGGAAAGCUCGGGGACGACGAGUUCGGGCGCAUGCUCGCGGCCAUCCUCCGGGAAAACGGCGUCGACGCCGGCGGCGUCGUCUUCGAUGCCGGGGCGCGCACCGCGCUCGCCUUCGUCACGCUGCGCGCCGACGGGGAGCGUGAGUUCAUGUUCUACCGCAACCCCAGCGCCGACAUGCUCCUCACCGCCGACGAACUCAACGUCGAGCUCAUCAAGAGGGCUGCAGUCUUUCACUACGGAUCAAUAAGCUUGAUUGCUGAGCCUUGCCGGUCGGCACAUUUGCGUGCCAUGGAGAUUGCCAAAGAGGCUGGUGCACUGCUCUCUUAUGACCCGAACCUGAGGGAGGCAUUGUGGCCAUCCCGUGAGGAGGCCCGCACCCAGAUCUUGAGUAUCUGGGAUCAGGCAGACAUUGUAAAGGUCAGCGAGGUCGAGCUUGAGUUCUUGACAGGCAUCGACUCAGUGGAGGACGAUGUUGUCAUGAAGCUGUGGCGGCCUACCAUGAAGCUGCUCCUGGUGACUCUUGGAGAUCAAGGAUGCAAGUACUAUGCCAGGGAUUUCCAUGGAGCUGUCCCUUCCUACAAAGUACAACAAGUUGAUACAACAGGUGCAGGUGAUGCAUUUGUUGGUGCUCUGCUCCGAAAGAUUGUCCAAGAUCCUUCCUCGCUACAAGAUCAGAAGAAGCUAGAGGAGGCGAUUAAAUUCGCCAAUGCAUGUGGAGCGAUCACCACCACAAAGAAAGGGGCAAUCCCGUCGCUGCCCGCUGAAACUGAGGUCUUGCAGCUGAUAGAGAAUGCAUAGAUCAUCCUAUGUGCUACGUUUUUCACUAGCUUCGACUUCUGCAAAAAUUGUAUUGUAUGCUGAUCUGGAUCAGAAGCAGCGGGUACUGCAGGAUACCUGCCCUUUUUGUUUGCUCUACUUCCCUUUCUGGAAGGGUUUUUUGUUUUAGAACUCUACUUUGAAUAAGCAGAGUCUUCUAUGACACAGUGCCUUUGAUAUGAUUAAAUAAUAAAUCUUUAAUCGUAGCAUAAAUUUUCAUAUA